AUGGCAAUGUGAGAAGGGGGCACAGAUGCCAGAAGUGGAGCUAGAGUAUGUUGACUCCGACUCAGAAGCCUCUGGAGAGGAGAUCUUCUAUGAUGUGGAAAGCUACAUUCUUCACAAAGCAGUCUUCCACAAUAACAUAACCGAACUGAUUGAUUUAUUGAAAGAGAAAAUUUAUGAUAUUGCAGAAAAAGAUCCUCAUGGUAAUACCGCACUUCACCUCUCCAUCAUGCUUGGUCACAAGGAAUGUACAAAGCUUUUACUUACGCAUGAUGCCCCUGUUGCUCUGAAGAACAACUUGGGUUGGAACUGUUUAGCGGAAUCCAUUAGUUUUGGGGACCGUGAGAUCAUUACUAUGUGCUUGAGGAAACUUAAGAAGCAGAGCAGGGUACGAAUAGAGGAAAAGCAGCCAGAUUUAACAAAUGCCUUGGCAGGAAUCCCUGAUUUUUAUGUUGAGAUAAAAUGGGAUUUUCAUAGUUGGAUCCCGUUGAUAUCAAGAUUCUUGCCAUCUGAUACUUGCAAACUGUUUAAGCGGAAUUCUGAUGUCAGAAUUGAUAGUACAUUAAUGGAUUUUCAUGACAUGAGAUGGCAGAGGGGAGAUUUAAGUUUCAUUUUCCAUGGCUCCCCUAAAAAAGUCAUUACAAGCUCUAAUGGGCGCAAAAAGCGUGAAAUGUAUGUCUUGGACAAUAAAGCUAAAAAAUAUUCCCACAUUUCUGCUGUUGAAACUGAUAAAGAUAUAGAGGAGGAAGUGGACAUCCUUAUGUCAAGCGAUAUAGUAUCCGCAAAUAUAUCCACCAAACCCAUCACCUUUGCCCGACUUCAAGGAGGCUGGGUCUACAAACACGACAAGUCAGAAGAGGUUGGUGACUUUGAAACCUCUGUGUUUGGUGUUAACGGCAUGGUUUUGAACUCCCGCAAAAGAAGAGAGCACUUGUCUAAAGAAGAUGUCCUGAAGAAUAAAGCUGCGUUGGAAAGUAUCAGUAAAGGAUCAAUACAAUGGUUACAACAACAGGAGGAGUUACCUAGAGGUCGGGGCUCCUUAAUUCCCCCUCAAAAACCAGAAAUAACAUGGGAGGAAUACCUCAACUCCCCUCUGGAGCCUGAACAGAAAGGUAGGCACAUAGGCAGACCUAUUCUCCUGAAACAGGACAAGAAGGCUCUGAAGGCUAGUAUUUGGAUGACGGAAGAUUUCCCUGUCAAAGUGGAAAUACUGCUCAGUAUUUUGGAAGUAAUGGCUCCAUUCAAACAUUUCAGUAAACUUAAAGACUUUAUAAACAUGAAGAUUCCCCCUGGAUUUCCAGUAAAGGUAGAGGUACCUGUUCUGCCCACAAUUGCUGCUACAGUUACAUUUCAGUCUUAUAGGGAAGCCGAGCAUGACUCCAAGAUGUUUGAGAUUCCUUCGAAUUACUUUGAAGAUUCAGCUCAUUUUAGUAAUAUGUAAAUAGGUGAUUUCAUCAAUUCUUUUUUCUAUUUUGUGUAAUUAUUUAGAUAGGAAAUAAGUUUGAUGGAUUGUCCGUUGGCAUACAGUGUGCAUGUCUCCACAAGUCUUAGUACACAAUGUGUACUACACAGUAUGCAAAACUUAAGAUUUUUCACGAAUCGAUAGUUCUUAAGUGCUACUGAAUGGCAAUACCGCACAACCUAGCCUGGUGGUAUUAAGCUCCAGAAUAUGCCCUUGUAACAAUGCCGCUCAAGCCAUAAAAAUUGAAUUUUUGUGAAGUACAUUCCUACAGACAUGUUGGGCUUGCAUAACUGUGUCAAGCCAAUACACACACGCUCAUUUCCUUUUUAAAUCAAAAGAAUUGAUAUUUACAUUUUGCGUCAGCUGCUGGAUUUACUGAACAAAAGAUAUCUACAAUUUCAUUAGACCAGUAAAGCUUUGUGUAGUUCAAAAGUAACUUAUUCGACAGCCGACAGUGAGUUAAUAAUCUCAUACUGAAGUUGACAAAUAAAGAUAAACGUUUGCGUGACUUUAUGAUAGAGAUGAAAUGAUAAGUAUUCUGUAUUUCUUUGAGUCUGUACAGUUAACAUUAAAGUUAAUAUUAUGUCAUCUAAUUUUGCAUAUAAUAGAAACUUGAAAUAUUAUUAUAUACUGCAUUGGUUAGUUGAUAAAUAUAAAGUUAAACAGGGUUUCUACUUGUGACAAUGUAAAUAUAAUAUUUAAAAUAUCCCUUGGCAAUUAGUAACUAUAACAAUGUUGAAGUUAAACAAAGUUUAGGGUUUCAGUGCAGUGGUUGAUAUGAUUAAACUGAGGAGCUUAAUACCAACUUGGUUUCUUAGUGACAAAUGAGAAAACCUUUAUAAUGACGUCGGGCCUCUUAGUGGCUUAAUUAUUAAUGGAAAAUUCAUGGUUUUGGUACCUUGCACGAUCUUCAGUUCUGAGGUGUAUGUUUAAUGUUAACUAACAUUUAUCAGAUCAUCUGUCAUGUUUAAAUCAUUUUAAAAGGUUUUGGCACAUUUAACUCGAUACGCAAGUGAUCUGUCAAGAUUCAAGAAAGCAGUACAUUUUGUCGUGUUUCUUGAAGCCGUGACGUGCAGUGCCAUCAUGUAACACUAAAGGGAACUUUUCUCUGAUCCGUACGUCGUGUCAACCUUCAACACGUUUCUCGGGAUGAUGAUAAAAGGAAACGAUUAAAUUGUGGGUGUAAGAAUAAUGUGAUCCAACAAUUUGCCUACUCUUAAGACAGAGUGGAAUUUACACUACCCUGCUAAUAAGGUUAUUAUCAAAUAAGGUAUAAGUCAUGUGCCGGAACUUGAUGAGACGAUUUACACCCGGUCUUAUCAUCAACUGUAUGGAAAUUGGAGUUUAAAAUGUAUCAGAAUUUGAAGAAUUUGAAAAAUGUCAAGAAUUUGAAACACUUAGAUUGCUGAAAGUUGUGUUUACUUGUUUUGCUUAUUAGAGCUGUUUGCGUGGGUAAUUUAGAAACACUAAACAGAAAAAUGUUAUGCAGUGAUCCUAUCUUGUUGACAGUACUAUUAAAAUUGUUUACUUAUUUGUUUUUAUCCUAUGUUU